AUGCCCUUCUCCGAGUCUGAUAUUGUCGACCUAACUGGGAAGGUGGUCAUCGUCACUGGCGGAAACUCCGGCUUGGGUCUGCAAACCGUCAAAGUCCUCGCUUCCAAAAACGCACGUGUAUAUCUCGCCUGUCGCUCUGUUGAAAAGUUUGAACAGGCUAUCACAGAAAUCGAAGAUGCAUGCAGCAGUUCUGUCGUGAAGAAUAUUUCUUUUCUGCAACUAGACCUCGCUAGUGCCGCAACUGCCAGCGCGGCGGCUGAUGAAUUCAACACGAAAGAAGAUAAACUACACAUUCUGUACAACAACGCUGGAGUAAUGGGUACACCUAAGGGAAAGAUAUCAGAUGAUGGAUACGAAUAUCAAUUCGCUGUAAACACAUUCGCCCUCUUCGUAUUCACAUAUCAUCUCUUACCCACCCUUCAAUCAACCGCUGUAUCGUCGUCUCCGAGGUCCGUUCGCAUCAUCAACACUGCAUCAAGCGGUGCAAAACAAGCUGGCCGUGAGGGGAUCCCACUCGACUCUUCACCAACUGUUGGCGCUGAAUACUUACCCUCGCAGUGCUAUGGGCAUUCAAAGAUUGGUGUUGUUUUGCUAACCCGGCAAUUUGCUAAACGGUACCCAAGUAUACUCAGCUUUGCGCCGCAUCCGGGCCCGGUCCAGAGUAAUUUGACGCGGGAGUUGGGCAUCCCGGCCUGGGUGAUGGCGAUUCUCAACAAAAUUGUAUUUAAACCUGUCGAGCAUGGGGCCCUAACGCAGCUAUUUGCUGGAACAAGCCUAACUCUUACUACUAAAGAGAACGGAGCGUACUUAGUCCCUCUUGCAAAGGUCGAGCCCAAGCUCCCCCAUCAACAAUGUUACGACGAUGUUUUUGGCGAGAAGCUUUGGGACUGGUGUAUGACUGCCAUGCGAAAAUUGGAGGAUAAUACUAGAUAA